AUGUCACCUAGGUCUAAAGACGUUCCAGGGAGAGCUUUGGUCACAUGGACCAACAAGGGAGAAAGCAGGCAAAACGGAGCCAAAGGAGCUCGAUCGAGUCCAUACGAGAUCGAUCGAACCUGUACGCCCAUACAGCUCGAUCGCCCUGUCAACCUACCCAGCUCGAUCGACACGUACACAGGAGGUGACUCGAUCGAUCCCAUGCAAGGCAGUUCGAUCGAUCCCAUGCGCCAUGCAUCGAUCGAUCUCACCGUCCGUUCGCUUCACCGAGAUGAUAUCACAGCCGUUCGAUCUACUUGGUGCAAACCGUCGAUCGAACCACAGCGAACCGGAUUGAACCGAAGUCGACCCCGGAGCUAUUUAGACCUAUCUUUAGCCAUUGUUUAG